GCAACCUGGCAACGCGUAAUCAUCCCUGAAGCCGCUGCUCAAUUUUUUUAUUCAUACUGUGCGCUAGUAGCAACAAUUAUGGCUGGGAUGUUUCUGUUUUAAACAUGUUUAAAUUGAUGGUCGGAUUGAGUUAAGUUUGUUUGUUGUAAUAGAAGUACAGGAUGCGUUUUGCGGCAAAGCGCUGCGGGGUGCAGUUCAGCCCUCCAUCCAUAGUUUUAAUUUAUGAGCACACGGAAACCAAAAAGGUGCGAAAAAGAAUAAUACCUGUGCGAAAUUUCUCCAAAUACUCCGACUACAGCAUGGCUGCUGAAAGGCUGAAGAACAACCCUCGGCACAGGGACUACCUGGAGGGUGUCUCUCAAAGCCAGCUUGAGAAGCUUCACAUUAUCCUGCGCGAUCACAUGCAGGGCUUCAGUCUGGAGCACAGCCUCUCCUCGUUCUGUCUGGACCCUGACGAAGACCUGAACAAACUGGACGAUGAGGACCUGGCACGCAAGAAAGGCCAAAUGGACGAACUGUUUGAGAAAAACCGGAGACGCAAAGAUGAUCCUGACUUUGUUUACGACUUUGAAGUUGAUUUCACUAAGACCACCUUAGAAAAGUGCAGCUGGGAUGAUGAAUCAGAUGAUGGAUUUUGAAACUCUCUUUUUACCAAUGUUUUAAUUAAGAAUGUAGAUUGUAAAUCUAUAGUGAGACUGCAGGAACAUACAACCCAACUGAUGUAGAUGGCAAUGCUUCAAUAAAUGUCAAUAUAGUAGAAAUACUAUGCCUUUAAUCAAACAAAAAACCACCUUGAACCUCCGUUAAUGGCAAGCAAAGACCAAAGCCUGUUAAUCAAGGGAAACUAGAGCUAUGAUUUGGUGUCUGUGUACCAUAGCAUUUAUCUGUAAAAUCUUCUCGGGCGCUGAUAAUUGGCAUCUGUCUUGUGUCAGUGACGUAAAAGACUGAUUUAAUGC